AUGUCCGAUAAAACACAAAUCAAUAGAGAAGGGAAUCAGUUAACAGUUGAUAAUUAUGGUGGGUUCGAUGCUCAUAUAUUAGAAGAUAUCCAAAAUUUAGCCAGAGAAUUCACUCAUGAAUCUACUACGAAUGGUAAUAAUGAUUUACAGAGAUUGCAUACAAAUAUGUCAGAAGUACCAGGUAUUAACCCAUAUACUGAUGAAGCCCAUUCCCGUGAAAAAUUGAAUCCUGAGUCAGAUAAUUUCAACGCCAAGCUUUGGGUCAAGAACUUAAGAAAAUUGUAUGAUUCAGAUCUAGAGUAUUACAGGCCCACUAAAUUGGGAGUGGCUUAUAGCAACUUGAGAGCUUAUGCUGUAGCCAAUGAUUACAAUUAUCAACCGACAGUAGCAAAUGUCUUCUGGAAACUAAUAAAUGAUGGUGUGCAUUAUUUGAAGAAGCACGAUAAUUCAAUAUACUUUGAUAUUUUGAAACCAAUGGAUGGAAUAAUGAAACCAGGUGAACUUACAGUUGUUUUGGGUAGACCAGGAGCUGGCUGUUCCACAUUGUUGAAAACAUUGGCGUCACAAACAUAUGGAUUUCAUAUUGGUAAAGAAUCAAAAAUUAUCUAUGAUGGAAUAUCAUCAACAAAGAUUGAAAAUCAUUAUCGUGGUAAUGUUAUCUAUUCUGCAGAAACCGAUGCUCAUUUCCCACAUUUAACUGUUGGUCAAGUUUUGGAAUUCGCUGCUAGAAUGAGAACACCACAGAACAGAGGUGAGGGUGUUGAUAGAGAAACAUUUGCUAAACACAUGGCUAGUGUUUACAUGGCAACCUAUGGUUUGUUACAUACAAGGAAUACAAAUGUUGGAAAUGAUUUUGUUACAGGUGUUUCCGGUGGUGAAAGAAAAAGAGUUUCCAUUGCAGAAGCAUCGUUGAGUGGUGCUAAUGUUCAAUGUUGGGACAAUGCCACAAGAGGCUUAGAUGCCGCCACUGCAUUGGAAUUUAUCAAAGCUCUAAAAACAUCUGCAGUUAUUUUGGAAAGCACUCCUAUAGUUGCCAUCUAUCAAUGUUCACAAGAUGCUUAUGAUUUGUUUGAUAAUGUUGUUGUAUUGUAUGAAGGACAUCAGAUCUUCUUUGGUAAAGCCAAUAAAGCCAAGGAGUAUUUCAUCAGAAUGGGCUAUGAUUGUCCCCAAAGACAGACAACAGCUGAUUUCUUGACUUCCUUAACAAACCCUUCAGAGAGAAGGGCAUUACCAGGAUAUGAAAAUAAAGUGCCACGAACCCCAGAAGAGUUUGAAGCGUAUUGGAAGAGAUCACCGGAGUAUACUAUGUUGAUAAAUGAAAUUGAUUCAUAUUUCAUUGAAUGUGAAAAGUUAAACAUCAAACAAACUUACCACGAGUCCCAUGUUGCAAGACAAUCAAACCAUACUCGUCCUACAUCACCUUACACGGUGUCAUUCUUCAUGCAAGUUAAAUAUGUUAUGCAACGAAAUUUUCUUCGUAUGAAAGCUGACCCUUCAAUCCCACUUAUUAUGAUAUUUUCCCAAUUAGUCAUGGGACUACUUCUUGCAUCUGUUUUCUUUAAUCUAAAGAAAAAUACUACCACUUUCUACUACAGAUCUGGUUCUCUUUACUUUGCUUUAGUAUUCAAUGCUAUCUCCUCUCUUCUUGAAAUUGUUGCUCUUUUUGAAGCAAGACCAAUAGUUGAGAAGCACAAGAAAUUUGCACUAUACCGACCAUCAGCAGAUGCUUUAGCCAGUAUCAUAACAGAAUUACCUGUUAAACUAAGUAUGUCUUUAUGUUUCAACAUACCUUUCUAUUUCAUGGUUGGUCUCAGGAGUGGUGCUGGAAGAUUUUUCUUUUAUUGGUUAAUUGGAAUAUUAUGCACUCUUGUAAUGUCACACAUUUUUAGAUCAAUUGGUUCUAUGUUUACUAGUUUAGCAGGUGCAAUGACGCCAGCUGGAGUGAUAUUAUUAGCGAUUAUUGUCUUCACUGGCUUCGUUAUUCCCUAUCCAAGCAUGCUAGGUUGGUCUAAAUGGAUCAAAUGGAUAAACCCGGUUAGUUAUAUGUUUGAAUCACUUAUGGUGAACGAAUAUCACGAUAGAGAAUUUCCUUGUGGUCAGAUUGUCCCAUCAGGCUCGGGAUAUGACAAUCUUCCUCUUGAAUACAAAGUAUGUUCCAGUAUAGGGGGUAUUCCUGGUAGUGAUGUUGUUCGAGGUGAUGAUUAUUUACGAGUUGGGUUUGAAUUUUUCAAUUCCCACAAAUGGAGAAAUUUUGGCAUAUCUUUUGCGUUUGCGGUGGUUCUUUUGUUUCUCUAUAUUGCAUUGACAGAACUUAAUAAAGGAGCCAUCCAAAAAGGGGAAAUAGUAUUGUUCUUAAGAAGUUCUUUAAAAAAACACAAAAGACGAUUUACCGAGUUCGAUAUUGAAUCUGGUUCAACAGUUGAGAAUAUUAGUAUUCAGAUUGUACAGAAAGCAUCUAUUGAACAAAAUAGUAUUCGAGACAGUUGCAAUUUACCCUCAGAUAAAGAAAUUUUCUUCUGGAAAGAUUUGACAUAUCAAGUCAAGAUUAAAAGAGAAGAUAGAGUAAUUUUAGACCAUGUUGAUGGUUGGGUUAAGCCAGGCCAGAUUACUGUAUUGAUGGGUGCAUCUGGAGCUGGAAAAACCACCUUAUUGAACUGUUUAUCCAACAGAGUAACUACUGGUGUUAUUACUGCUGGUGUACGAAUGGUUAACGGACACGAGUUAGAUUCUUCCUUCCAAAGGUCAAUUGGUUAUGUACAACAACAAGACAUUCAUUUACAGACAUCUACUGUUAGAGAAGCUUUGCAGUUUUCUGCAUAUUUGAGACAAUCAAACAAAAUAUCUAAGAAGGAGAAGGAUGAAUAUGUUGACUACGUCAUUGACUUGUUGGAGAUGACUAACUAUGCGGAUGCAUUGGUUGGUGUUGCCGGUGAAGGUUUGAAUGUUGAACAAAGAAAGAGAUUAACCAUCGGUGUUGAAUUAGUUGCCAAGCCUAAGUUGUUACUAUUCUUGGAUGAACCAACUUCUGGUUUAGAUUCCCAAACCGCCUGGUCUAUUUGUAAAUUAAUGAGAAAGUUAGCUGAUCAUGGCCAAGCUAUCUUGUGUACUAUACAUCAACCGUCUGCAAUUAUUAUGGCUGAAUUUGAUAGAUUGUUGUUUUUACAGAAAGGGGGCCAAACUGUGUAUUUUGGUGCAUUAGGUGAUAAUUGCCAGACAAUGAUUGACUAUCUCGAAAACCAUGGUGCUGACCCAUGUCCAAAAGAUGAAAAUCCAGCAGAAUGGAUGUUAGAAAUUGUUGGCGCAGCUCCAGGUUCUCAUGCCAAACAAGAUUAUUUUGAAGUUUGGAGAAAUUCUAAUGAAUAUGAAGCUGUCAGAAACCAACUCAACCGAAUGGAAACUGAAUUAGUCAUGCUACCAAGAGAUGAAGAUCCAGAAACACUUUUAAAAUAUGCGGCACCUAUUUGGAAACAAUAUUUGCUUGUUAGUUGGAGAGCAAUUGUACAAGAUUGGAGAUCACCAAGGUAUAUAUAUUCCAAAUUUUUUCUAAUUGUUAUAUCAUCCAUAUUUAUUGGGUUUUCAUUUUUCAAAGCUAAGAAUGAUAUUCAAGGUUUAUCAAAUCAAAUGCUUGCAGUUUUUAUGUAUACUGUUCCAUUGACAACAAUAGUUGAUCAAGUGUUGCCAUUUUUUGUGAGACAACGCGAGGUAUUUGAAGUUCGAGAAGCACCUUCAAGAACAUACAGUUGGUUUGCAUUUAUUACUGGCCAAGUAACCUCAGAGCUACCUUAUCAGAUUGUUGUGGGAACAAUUGCAUUUUUUUGUUGGUAUUAUCCUGUUGGUUUAUAUGAAAACGCAGAGCCGACCCAUACUGUUACUGGUCGGGGUGUAUUAUUGUGGUUGUUCAUCACUUCGUUCUAUGUAUUUGCUUCUACAUUUGGACAAUUAUGCAUCUCAUUCAACGAGUUAAUUGAAAAUGCAGGAUGCUUAUCAGCAACUUUAUUCUUACUAUGUUUGAUGUUUUGUGGUGUUUUGGCUGUUCCAGAAAGUAUGCCCAGGUUUUGGAUUUUCAUGUAUCGAUGUACACCAUUUACAUAUUGGAUUCAGGGUGUUUUAGCUACCGGUUUGGCACAUAAUAAAGUUGAAUGCUCUUCAAGGGAGUUUCUUGUAGUCACUCCUCCAGUUGGGCAAACAUGUUCCUCGUUCUUAGAUCCAUAUAUCAGUGUAGCAGGGGGUUAUUACUUAGUUAAUGAGAAGGAGGGUUGUUCAUUUUGUGCAAUGAAUUCAACGGAUCAAUUUUUGAAUAGUAUUCAUGCUUUGUAUAGUGAAAGAUGGAGAAAUUUUGGUAUAUUUAUUUCCUUUAUUGUUAGUAAUAUUGUGUUGGCUGUAUUCUUAUAUUGGUUAGCAAGAGUUCCAAAGGGGGCUAAAUCAAGCACACGGAAAUAA